UUUUUUUCCCUUGACGUGGUCGUGACAUUGGGGGCACCAGCCGGUGGGAAACACCGGCUUUUGCUUUUGACGGAGCAGUUUAACGGAGUAACGUGUCACCGAGCUAACUUGGAUUAUUAAUGUCAUCGAAGUCGAGAGUCCACAGCAAAGGCACGAGGAUGCCGUCGGGGGAGGCCUCGGCGAGCGGGUUCCAGCAGUGCCGUCUGGCCCAGGAGCAGCUGGAGGACGCCAUCAACGCCGUGAUGAAGGCCGAGCAGCAGCUGAGGGAGAACGCCAGAGAGGUGCGUGGCGAGCUGCAGAGCAGUGUGAGCCGUCAGCAGGAGGCGCUGCGCUGCAGAGAGGUUUGGCUGCUGGGUCAGAUCGAGCUGCUGGAGCAACUGAAGACAGAAACUCUGCAGCAGCAGCUGCACAGACUGCACUGGCUCCGAGGUCAGUUUGACGUGAUCGUCCAUCAGAUGCAGAACUCCAACAACAGCAACGACCUGAGCAACCAGCUGACCAGCUGCAUGGAGAAGUUCUCCUCUCUGAGCCUGACACCAGAGGAAACACCUGACAUGAGUUUCCACGCCGACACUCGCUCUCUGAGGCACGCCAUCACCACGUUCGGCAGCAUCACUGCUCAGCUCGUGGAGGGUGUGUCCUCGCAGAGCCCCGCCCACCUGAGAGAUCAGGUGCAGAGUUGUCCAAUCGCUGCCAAGAGACAGAAGAUGGAUGCCGCCGCUCUGGACCACUGGCUGCUGGGAGCCCGUCCAGCAAGCAGCGCUCCUAUUGGCUACCAGCCCAGCGGGAACCCUGAGGAUUGGCUGAUCCCACACAAGGAGAGCAAGACUUCCUGUCCGGUCCUGGCCUCGGUGGACUUCCUGCAGGCCUGGGGUCAGCUCAGGGACCUGGAGGCGUGGCUCCUCCCGGACCAGACCCCCGUCAGAAGGGACAGGACCAGCAGCAGCUGCAGCUCCUCCUUCUCCAUCGAGAAGAUCGACGAAUCAGAGUUCACCGUCUCCUCGGAGGAGGAAGAGGAGGAGGAGGAGGAGGAGGAGGAGCUGAGCGACUGGCUCAUCACUCCGCCUACUGUUGCCAUGGAGACCAUGUCAGACGCCGAGCGGUGGCGUCUGGUGUUGAAGCCGUUUGAGGACAGAUGGUCGACCAGUGAUUGGCUGGCGGGGUCGAGCCGCCCCCCCGCAGACUGCUCCUCCUGCUGCCAGACCACCAAGGCCGUGGAGAUCGAGAACCUGGGCCGGCUCAAGUGCCUCAAGACCCCGCCCGCCUCCAGCCCCGGCUCCCCGGCGGGCCUGGAGGCGUGGCUGCAGCAGGUGGUUCCGGUGCAGCAGAACUGCCGGGCCAACGAGGUCUGCUCCACCUACGCCGACUGCGUCUGCGAGGGGAACUGUGGGAAGGAAGCGCUGAGCCUCUGGCUGCUCCGGCAGGACGGGCGAGACAAGAACGGAGUCCCGGUCGACAAGAACGCCACGCCCGCCGACAAGAACGCCACGCCCGCCGACAAGAACGCCACGCCCGCCGACAAGAACGCCACGCCCGCCGACAAGAACGCCACGCCCGCCGACAAGAACGCCACGCCCGCCACUAAGAGUGCCCCGCCCACCCUGCGCCUCAGGGAGCAGGAGCAGAAGGUUCAGGCCAUCCUGGAGGCCUGGCUCCACCCGUCCAACAUCUCCUCCUGCAGGGCUCCUCUGCAGACUCUCACCUCCUCCCUCUCGGGCUGGUUGGCUCCGGAGGAGGAGAAGGCCAGCAGGGAGGAGCACAGCUCCCACUUCAAGCCUUCCUCCUCCUCUUCUCUGUUCCAGUGCCCUCCGGAUCCAGGACUCUGGGUGUUUCCAGGACAGACGCCUCCUCCUGCUCCGGGGUCAGGAGGUCAGCCCGGCCCAGAACCCGAGGAGGACAAAUGGCUGCUGAAGAAGAGGAGUCAGGCUCAGGAGCGUCUGGCGCUGCCCACCGUCUGUGACCUGUUCUCCUGCCUGAAGCUGGGCGGAGACAAAGAGAAAUGGCUGCACAGGGCUCCGGAGCAGAUGUGACGGCGAUGAUGAUGGAUGCUCCUUCUUCUUCUUCUCCUCUCUUCUGUGAGUCACUUUAUUAUUGCUGAUCAGCGCACACGAACGCAACAGUCUAACCAUCGCCGCCUUCUUCCUGUGACAUCACCACGCCGAGCCGCUACCCGCCGCUCUCCUCCAAUCAGGACCAGGAACGAACCGAUCGGUACGCCGAGUCGGCCGUCUGCGUGGGGGGGAAACCUCGUGUCUCCACUCUUGACUCACGAGGUUUUCUGACGUCACCUCGAACUUUAGGACUCUUUGAUUUGCAUUUUUAAGUCGACCAAUCAGAUCCUCUCCUGAUUCGUUAUUUUAAGUCGUUUGUUUAGUAGAAAUAUUGAUUGCUGAUUAGAACUCAUUUCUUUGAUUUGGUGCAGCUUGAUUCAUGCAGACCUACAUAUCCCAGAAUGCAUUUAAUCAGCUGAUCCUGACAGGAGGAGAAGGGGCGGGGCCAUGGAGUCGGGUGGGCGGAGCUAAUGUAUAAAUAGUCUAAUAUAAAGUAGUCUUUAUUUUAACGAGCCAGGUUUUAUGAUUUCUCUUCAUGGAUCAGAUUCUCUGGGUGCAUUAUGACCUUUUCUUCUGUUUUUCCUGUGAAACUGCUGAACUACAGAGAUCUACUUCCUGUCCAGGCUGCAGGCUGCUCGCAUCACUUCCUGCAGUCACAAUAGCCGAGUCCAUAGAGACGCACUUUAAAACCUCCUGAAAGUUUAACAGACACAAAACAUUCAAAACAUAGUUUGCCCUGAGUCUAGUCUCGCAGGCUGACCACCUGCGAGACCUGGUUCAGGGCAGAAACAGAAACUUUUGUUUCCCAAAAUGCCUUGGGCCGAAGCAUCCUGCAGCCUCGUAGCAGACGGGUCACGUGACUCCGCAGUCAGCAGUGAUUGGUGCUUUUUAAUGAAGCUGUGUGACAGUUUGUUUGGGGGGGCGGGGGCUUCUGUCAUAUAACGCUGUGAUGUCAUCAGCACUCUGUUCUCUACAGUAAUAAAACAUGCUGACAUUA